AGCCUUGCUGCCGCCGCUGCGCUGCCGGAGCAGGAAGUGGUGGGUCCCAGAUGUGACUCACUCUCAUUAGGUAGCGUGGAAGGAGCCUUCGGAUGGGUGAGCCUGGGCGCGUCUGAGGAAGGGCAGGCGGGGGCUGGGCCACCUCCCUGCAGACCCUGGCCAGCUACUGGGGCCCUGGAGGAGAGCCAGAGCUGAGGGACUGCGUGUGGAGUCGGCCCAGUCUGGAUGCGCAGAAGGAUGCUGGCAGCACAGUGAGUGAGGCCUGGUGCCAGAGCUGUGCGGACCCUUCGUUGGCCAUGGAGCAGCAGGCUCAGAGGCCCUCUCCCCAGCCCUGCUUGCCUGCCUUGGAGAGGACAGAGGCCUAGGCCCACGGGGGAGGGUGUUGGCCGACAGAUGCCCUCCAGGCCCUGGGGCCUCCUUAACGGCCCCUUAACGACACGUGUGCCAAGGGUGGAGGAUGCCAGCCAAGGGGCGCUACUUCCUCAACGAGGGCGAGGAGGGCCCUGACCAAGAUGCGCUCUACGAGAAGUACCAGCUCACCAGCCAGCAUGGGCCGCUGCUGCUCACGCUCCUGCUGGUGGCCGCCACUGCCUGCGUGGCCCUCAUCAUCAUCGCCUUCAGUCAGGGGGACCCCUCCAGACACCAGGCCAUUCUGGGCAUGGCGUUCCUGGCGCUGGCGGUGUUUGCGGCCCUCUCUGUGCUGAUGUACGUCGAGUGUCUCCUGCGGCGCUGGCUCAGGGCCUUGGCGCUGCUCACCUGGGCCUGCUUGGUGGCGCUGGGCUACGUGCUGGUGUUCGACGCAUGGACAAAGGCGGCCUGUGCGUGGGAGCAGGUGCCCUUCUUCCUGUUCAUCAUCUUCGUGGUGUACACGCUGCUGCCCUUCAGCAUGCGGGGCGCUGUCGCCGUUGGGGCCGUCUCCACUGCCUCCCACCUCCUGGUGCUCGGUGCUUUGAUGGGAGGCUUCACGACACCCAGUGUCCGGGUGGGGCUGCAGCUGCUGGCCAACGCAGUCAUCUUCCUGUGCGGGAACCUGACAGGCGCCUUCCACAAGCACCAAAUGCAGGAUGCGUCCCGGGACCUCUUCACCUACACUGUGAAGUGCAUCCAGAUCCGCCGGAAGCUGCGCAUCGAGAAGCGCCAGCAGGAGAACCUGCUGCUGUCAGUGCUUCCAGCCCACAUCUCCAUGGGCAUGAAGCUGGCCAUCAUCGAACGGCUCAAGGAGCAUGGCGACCGCCGCUGCAUGCCUGACAACAACUUCCACAGCCUCUACGUCAAGAGGCACCAGAACGUCAGCAUCCUCUAUGCGGACAUCGUGGGCUUCACGCAGCUGGCCAGCGACUGUUCCCCCAAGGAGUUGGUGGUGGUGCUGAAUGAGCUCUUUGGCAAGUUCGACCAGAUUGCCAAGGCCAACGAGUGCAUGCGAAUCAAGAUCCUCGGCGACUGCUACUACUGUGUUUCGGGCCUGCCCGUGUCGCUGCCCACCCACGCCCGGAACUGCGUGAAGAUGGGGCUGGAUAUGUGCCAGGCCAUCAAGCAGGUGCGGGAGGCCACGGGCGUGGACAUCAACAUGCGUGUGGGCAUACACUCUGGGAAUGUGCUGUGCGGGGUCAUCGGGCUGCGCAAGUGGCAGUAUGACGUGUGGUCCCACGACGUGUCCCUGGCCAACCGGAUGGAGGCAGCCGGAGUACCCGGCCGGGUGCACAUCACGGAGGCAACGCUGAAGCACCUGGAUGAGGCAUACGAGGUGGAGGAUGGGCACGGGCAGCAGCGGGACCCCUACCUCAAGGAGAUGAACAUCCGCACCUACCUGGUCAUCGACCCCCGGAGCCAGCAGCCACCCCCGCCCAGCCAACACCUCCCCAGGCCCAAGGGGGAUGCGGCCCUGAAGAUGCGGGCGUCAGUGCGCAUGACCCGGUACCUCGAGUCCUGGGGGGCGGCACGGCCCUUUGCGCAUCUCAACCACCGUGAGAGCGUGAGCAGUGGUGAGACGCCCGUCUCCAAUGGGCGGAGGCCUAAGAGCAUUCCCCAGCGCCACCGCCGGACCCCAGACAGAAGCAUGUCCCCCAAGGGGCGGUCGGAGGAUGACUCGUAUGAUGAUGAGAUGCUGUCAGCCAUUGAGGGGCUCAGCUCCACGAGGCCCUGCUGCUCCAAGUCCGAUGACUUCUACACCUUCGGGUCCAUCUUCCUGGAGAAGAACUUUGAGCGCGAGUACCGCCUGGCACCCAUUCCCCGGGCCCGCCACGACUUUGCCUGCGCCAGCCUGAUCUUCGUCUGCAUCCUGCUCGUCCAUGUCCUGCUCAUGCCCAGGACGGCGGCACUGGGUGUGUCCUUCGGGCUGGUGGCCUGUGUACUGGGGCUGGUGCUGGGCCUGUGCUUUGCCACCAAGUUCUCGAGGUGCUGCCCAGCCCAGGGGAUGCUCUGCACUAUCUCUGAGAGGGUGGAGACGCAGCCCCUGCUGAGGCUGACCCUGGCCGUCCUGACCAUCGGCAGCCUGCUCACUGUGGCCAUCAUCAACCUGCCCCUGAUGCCUUUCCCAGUCCCAGAGCUGCCUGUUGGCAAUGAGACAGGCCUACCGGCCGCAAGCAGCAAGACAAGAGCCCUGUGCGAGCCCCUCCCGUACUACACCUGCAGCUGUGUCCUGGGCUUCAUCGCCUGCUCCGUCUUCCUGAGGAUGAGCCUGGAGCCAAAGGUUGUGCUGCUGACAGUGGCCCUGGUGGCCUACCUGGUGCUCUUCAACCUCUCCCCAUGCUGGCAGUGGGACUGCUGUGGCCAAGGCCUGGGCAACCUCACUGAGCCCAACGGCACCACCAGCGGCACCGCUAGCUGUUCCUGGAAGGACCUGAAGACCAUGACCAAUUUCUACCUGGUCCUGUUCUACAUCACCCUGCUCACACUCUCCAGACAGAUUGACUAUUACUGCCGCUUGGACUGCCUAUGGAAGAAGAAGUUCAAGAAGGAGCACGAGGAGUUUGAGACCAUGGAGAACGUGAACCGCCUUCUUCUGGAGAACGUCCUGCCAGCCCACGUGGCCGCCCACUUUAUCGGUGACAAGUUAAACGAGGACUGGUACCAUCAGUCCUAUGACUGCGUCUGUGUCAUGUUUGCCUCCGUGCCGGACUUCAAAGUGUUCUACACAGAGUGCGACGUCAACAAAGAAGGGCUGGAGUGCCUGCGCCUGCUCAAUGAGAUCAUUGCCGACUUUGACGAGACACAGAUGGAAGGGAAGAGGGAGACAGUGUGGGGACGGAGACAACAGGAAGAGCAGGAGCCGCCAAGGGCCAUGUCCUCACCAUGCUUAGUCAUGCGCUCAGCUGGCAGGGCAGCCAUGAGACGUGUGUGCGAGAGGCAGCGAUGGGUGGAGGGAACCCCACACCCUUCUGAGGAGCGGGGGCAGCCUGGCUGCGGCUAUGGAGUGGCGGCUGCUUCACCACUUCCUCCUCGCCUGCAGCUCCUACUGAAGCCCAAGUUCAGCGGCGUGGAGAAGAUCAAGACCAUUGGCAGCACGUACAUGGCAGCUGCAGGGCUCAGCAUCGCCUCAGGGCAUGAGAACCAGGAGCUGGAGCGGCAGCAUGCCCACAUUGGUGUCAUGGUGGAGUUCAGCAUCGCCCUGAUGAGUAAGCUGGAUGGCAUCAACAGGCACUCCUUCAACUCCUUCCGCCUCCGCGUCGGCAUAAACCAUGGGCCUGUGAUUGCUGGAGUGAUUGGGGCCCGAAAACCUCAGUAUGACAUCUGGGGAAACACAGUCAAUGUGGCCAGCCGAAUGGAGAGCACUGGAGAACUUGGGAAAAUCCAGGUUACCGAGGAGACCUGCACCAUCCUCCAGGGCCUUGGGUACUCCUGUGAAUGCCGUGGCCUGAUCAAUGUCAAAGGCAAAGGCGAGCUGAGGACUUACUUUGUCUGUACGGACACUGCCAAGUUUCAGGGGCUGGGGCUGAACUGAGGGCUCCUGCUGGAUUCGGAAAAGGCAGGGAAGCCAAUACUCCUUCCCUGAAGCAAGCCCAGGAGAAGACUCCGCCCCACGCCAAUCCCAAAGGCACGCAGAUGGCUGUGCAUGUUGGCUUCUUUGGACCUGCACUGGAGGAUUUCUCAGACACAUGCACCAGAUUCUGGCUCGAAGCAGCCACUGAGCCAUAAUGUGCAGGGGAGGCCAGAAUCUCUGUGCCUGGUCUGUAAGUUUCCAGGGCAGCUGGAGAAUGUUCACUGGUUCAGGGCUGACUUUGAGAUCUUUGUUCCCUGAGGUGCUAUGGAGGCAACUUUAGCACAUAAUGAAAACAGACACCCACCUCAGUGGCCUGUGGGCACGCACAAGUGAGGUCUGUUUUUCUAGACACCAAGGGGGAGUAAGCUGAGCUGUCUAGCACGGAUUGGAGACUCCCUCUCCCUGGUGGGCCGGGCAAUGACAGCAUUUCUCACAGAGGCAUUCUGGUAAAUGAAGCUGAAAGGGGUGUUUUACAUCUGUAAACGGUUUCAAACAGUAGAGAGAAAAACACCAUAAUUAACAGUUACUUUUUGCCUUGUCUGGUGUUUGUUUUAAAUGAAUACAUUAAUGGGGUUUUUAUCCUUUUGAAUGACUUUUUAGACACUAGACAGACAUAAAUCUCUUCCCUCCAGUGUAUGCUCUGUCUUUUUAACCACUGACAUGUAAGGAGGACUACUGUCUAGCGUCAGCUGGCUGUGGGGAUACAGUCCUGAGGAAUGAGGAAUGUGGUCACAGCAAGAAGGCAGGGAGCAGCGGAGCCUUGCCUUUGAAUGAGGCAGCUUGUGAGGCAAGCAUUCUGGAGAGAGGUGCUUUGAAAGUAAGGGUGCGGCCUUUCAGCUCUUCCUUGAUUACUCACACAUCUUUGCAUUCUCCCCUGCCAUCCUUCAACUGUAUCUUACUUUUCUUACUGGAAAGGAAUGGAGUCUGUUUAGAGAUAACUUGAACAACCUGUGAAUGCAUCUCUUCUUUCUUUUAGUCGUCUUCACAGCUAACUCUGGAGAGCUUCAAAACUAGAAGGAUCUACUCGGCAUGGGUGCGGGCAGAGGCUCCUGGAUCUGGGAAGCCCGCCCCCUCACAAAUGCUGAGCCGUUCUUGCUCUGAAACUGCAUGAGUCAAGGCAAAUGCAAAAAGCCAGGUUUUGGGGAUGUGUCUUACUGGGCUUCAACUUCCCAAGGAAUUGAAGGUCAACCUAACUGUAACAGGGUGAGAAAUGACCAAACUACCUGUGCCUUUUUCUAAGUGGACUUCAUAACCAGAAGACUUGACUUAACCAAUCAGUGGCCUCAUCACCACAGCAUCGCCAGGAUUUCUAAUGCACUCAGUUUCCCUACAUAGCAGGGAUUCUUAGCUAGGUGUCACCAUUAACUCCAUGAAGUUCUACACAAAGUCUUACAUACAGGAGGCUUUACAAGAUUAUACAGGGUUGCAGAUUGGGUGACUGACCAGACUUGUUGGGAUCCUGGGAUGAGGUGCCCCCCUGGCUGCAAAUUAAGAGUACAGCUAAAAGUGCGGGGGUGGCAGUGGAGGGGACGAAAAUUGAACCUGCCUGCCUGUGCUGUGUCAUGUGCGGCUUUAUCAGCCGAGGAAGGGCAGGUGUAUUCUAAUUUGCACACAGGUGCUGGGUAGACUAGUGGCAGCUCUGAUGUGCUGCACAUAACUGGAAUCAGUAUGAAUAGAAGAACUUGCUGUAUAAAGGAAUUUCAUGGCAACAAUGCUGGUAAGGGCAAUUAGCCUCACUUAAGUUGCCUUUUUUACACAACAACAACUUUUUACAUGAAGGGCUGGUUUCACAUGAAUACUAUACUGAAAUCUGUGCUCUCAAGAUCUAGCAGUGACCAGGGCUGCCUGGCAGGGGCUCUCCUGGCAAGUCAGGAAGGUUUCUGUUGCUAAUAUAACAUGGAAACACAUCAGUGCACUGGGCCUCUCUGAGGUCAGCAUAUUUGUACUCUUGCAAUAUUUAAGUUUUUUUUUUCUUCAGUAACAGAAACCCCAGUUGGGAGUUUAACAAAUAACUGAUUACCACUCAUGCAUUUUUUAUUUCCAAUUAAAGCACUGUGCUGUGCUCAGAUAAUAAUAGUUUGUAAGUUUUUAGUUUUCAGUGUUCAGGUUAUAGAAGAUAACUGACCAUAAAAAUUACCUGCAGGUAUUUUCUUUUUAUGAACUUGUUUUUAAAUACCAAGUAAUUUCUUUACUGGUGUCAUUUUGUUUUAUGACAGAAACAAGUAUCUAACAAACAAAGUGACCUUCUCCAUGGCUCAAGGACUUCCUUACAAUUUCUCCUGAGUUAACUGGUGAAAAUAAUACCUGAAGUUUUCUGGCUUAUUGAGGAAAUUUCCUAACAGAAGAGAAGAUCAUUAACCACUGUAUACUUUGUGUAUGUAGUAAGUCAGUGUAAAGAAAUAUGAUUUGAGGUGGUGCAUGCAAGUAACUAGGGUUUAUUCUAUAUAAUGAAUAUUUAUAGAUCUGUAACAUUUGUUUCAAAAUGCUGCUUCAUUUUUAUAAAAUACCAGUGUUUAGCUGCUUUUUAUACAUUAAAUUAGCAAUUUGAAAAACUCAAA